AUGGAUCGAGAAAUACAUAAAUUAAAUCAAUUGGUGUCCCUAAUGCCAUACCGUAACGACAAAAAUAGGACUGACGGUGUCAAUGUUGGGUCUGGUCUACCAUGCACAUCAUUGGAAGAGGUUAACUUAUUGACCAAAAUAAGUGAGUAUUUUGUCAAACUAACGGGUGAAGUUCUCAGUGAAAAUUUUCUGAACGGUGACUUGGGUAUUGGUGGCGUAAAACGUGUACGCAAAGAGGAUAGGUUUGACAGAAAUAUCCAUAUGGCCAGGUUGGAACUGAAGAAAUUGGACGCACAGAUAGAAAAGAGGAAAAGGGAGCUGCGUAAGAUUAAUGGACAAAUAAAGGCGGCAAAGAUGGAUAGAAUAUCACUACUAGGCCGCAUCACCUUGUACCAACAACAGCUCAUCCUAAUGGCACAGGCAAAGGAUGCCAUUGAAGCUAUUAAAAAGGAGAAGUUCGAUCAAGGUAGAGUUCUAGCGGAAUCUGAUGAUGUUGAGAUUUCAGAUUAUAUAGCUUAA